AUGGCUUCUUCCUCCCGUGACGCCGUCGCCGUCGACCCCGCUGCUCAGCACACCGAGGAGGAGACGUGCUCGGAGCGAGCUGGCUGGGAAGGCUCUGAUGUCUCCCCGGUGGACAUCGAGUGGCUCCGCCGCUCCUGGCGGAUUCGGAAGACGUGGAGUGCCGGAUCCCUAGCGAUGAGAUCGUGCCGGCACCCGAAUCUAGUGAGCAUGUCGUCUUCCUUGCUCAUUUUGAGCAAGGGUUUGCAUUGCCGGCUAGCGAUUUUACUAGGAAAUUUUUAGACUUCUUUGGCCUGAUGCCGCAGCACCUUCCGGCAAACGCCAUCCUCACACUCUCGGCGUUUGUCACUUGCUGUGAGGCCUAUCUCGGCCUCUGGCCUUCCGUCGGCUUGUGGGCCAAAUACUUUAUGUUCCGGCCCCAAGUUCUUCCCGACAAAGAGAAUCCCGGCGCCGCCAAGUGCAUGACCCAAUGUGGCGCCGCCACCGUCAUACCCCGCCGAGGCGCAGCCUUUCCUCGGAUCCAAGGUCUUGAGUCCUGCAAAAAGUGGCUCAAGACCUUUUUCUAUGUUAAGAACUCCUCCGACACCGACAAGACCAACUUGCCGGGAUUUGUAAUCGGCCCUCCGGAGGAGAAGAAGAACCGGAAGUAUGAUCCGAAGGACACCCUUCCCGAGAUCAACGGGAUCCACGCCGGCAUCCUCGAACUCAAGGCAGAAGGGACGACGGCCGAUGAUUUGUUGGCCACCUUUGUGUACCGGCGGUUGUGCCCUCUCCAACGCCGGACACACAAGAUGUGCUUCUACGGCGGUCAGUUCGAUCCGAACCGGGUGUCGAUCAUCCGACUUGACCAGGUUUAGUCCAGUGCCGGGUUAAGGCAAUCGCGAAGAUGAGUUUGCCCGAGCGCUGGGAAUGGGGUAUACCGGCAUACAGCCGGAAGCACCGUCCGCCUCCGAAGUUCACCCUUCAGCGCAACAAAGACGGGAAAUCCCCGGACAAGCGCUUUGGGAGCUAAUGCAUGACCAUCGAUCAUUAAGAUCCGGAUUUGGAGGAUCACAUGCCGAUCGCUCAUGCCGGGCCCCGUCGCACCGAAGCUAACUCGGACGAUCCCGCCGACGUUGUGGUGCCGGGUCCAGCGGCUACUGCGGCGCCGGCCCGCGAGAAACGCACUUCGAGAGGGAUCUUUCAAGAACUAUGAAGCGGAAGAAAGUCGCCUCUCGUGGACCAAAGCCGAAGCCCAUGACCGUUAGGGCGGCUCUGACGGCCACUCAGUCUCAUACGUGCAUUGUGUCUGAGAUCCCAGUAGCUCCAUCUCCUCGUGCUGAGCCUGCAACUCAGGCCAUUGGAGAGGCCGAGACUGCUGCGGAUCCGACAUCUCCUAUCCGGGAUGUCGGCCCGAGCAUCGACGCUUUGAGCGUCGCACAAGCCGGGACGUCCGCAGUCGGGACUGCUCCUUCCUCGGCGGCAACCGAGACACAAACGGAGCCACCGGUCACGGAGACUCCUCAGCAGCUGGCCACAGAGCCCCAAGGACCCCAAGGACCGCAGACUAUAUCAACACCACCAUCACCGCCACCGCAGCCGCAAGCUACUCAACUAGCUGCGGCGCAAGCUAGGAGAACCAAGAGCUCCGCUAUUCCGGCUGGGCAAGCGCCUCCAAGUUCCUCCAGCUCACAAUCAGCCCAGGGAGUUCCCCUCAAGACGACCAGCGGGCACAGCUAGGGGUCGCUGGACCAGUUCGUAAUGGACUGGAACAGCACCGACAGUUACGAGGUGAACUCCAGCACCCUCCAGACAGCGCGGCAGAGCCCUCUGGUGGGGCCCGUACCUGCGGCGACUCCCGAGUCUGUGUCGGCCCGGAUGUUUCAGGCAAGGAUCGCCUUGUUUGAAUCCAGCCGCGCUGCAGAGACCUGCAUGAAAAAGCGCACCGCCACCUUUAAGGUCCAGCUGGCGAAGCACAAGAAGCUGGCGGCAGAGCACAAGGCCUUGGUAACCGAGCGCCAGAGCCAGACCGGGGACAACGCUCAAGUGUCGGAGCUCUUGAAGCGCGUCGCUGAAGUUCAGGAUGAGAAGACUCGGCUAGAAGAGCAGCACCGGGCAGAAGUGGCCCGGCUGAAGGCGCAGCUCGAAGCUCAUGCUGAGGCGCACAAGACCGAGGUAGGUCAACUUACCUCGGCUCUCUCCGCCCAAGCUGAUGAGAAGAUCCGUCUGGAAGGCGAAGUGCAGAAAUGAAAGGAUCUUGUCACCGAGGUCGAGACCCGCGCCACUGCUGCCGAGAAGGAGAAGGCCAAGAAUGCCCGCCUGCUCAGCUUGUGCCAGCGUGACCUCAUCAAAAUCGAUGCAAUGCUGACUAAAUUUUUUUCACAAUCUGUUGAGACUGCCCAAGCUGCCGUGAUCAAGGCCCGUAAAAGGAGGGAUCCAGCCGGGGCAGUACCCUUCAAAUAUGACUCGGAGGAUUACUUGGUCAGCAUUGCGAGCCGGGUUAAGCCUCUGAAGUCGUUCGGGGUAAACAUGCUUAAUCUCGGCAUCCGGGCCUUCCAAGUGCUGUGGCCGGGAGAAGAAGCUCCGACUGGCAUCCCGGAAUUGGCGAAGCGCCUUCUGGAGGUGGAGGACCGGCUGAACGAGUGGCGGGAAUCGGCCGCUCGUGUCGGCGCCGACGAGGCUUUGUCGUUUGUACUCUCUUGGUACGACGGCAUCAACCUCGACGUGCUGCAGUCGAUGCGAGUCGGCUCCCCCUUCCUCUCAGACUUGGAACUCAUUGCGAAGCGGCAGGAGCGGGCCUACUCCUUUAUCCAAUAUGCCGAUGUGCAUAAAUUGGUGGACGGCCCGGUGUCAGAAGCAGAUGCAGAGAUGGCCGAGGAAGACGAGGAAGAAGAAGUCGACAAAGAGAUUGUCGUCGUGUCGGCUUCUACUGCAACGGACGCUCCGAGUUCCGGCGCCGCCAAUCCUUCUGUUUCUUCUUAGGUGUGUCGGAUGCCGGGUGCAUAUGUA